AAAACAAGGCCAGGCUGUCUGUUCAAACUUUCUCAAGUUCCUCCGUCUAUAAAAACCGGUCUGGUUAUCCCUCAUUUCCUCACUUAGGCUAUCCCUUCCUUUCACCUGUCAUUGCUGUCAACACUUUGACUUUGUAUCCCUUCAAAACAAAACAAACACUUGACCAUGUACAAAAACAAGCAUGGACGUGUUGUGAUAGAGUUGGAUAUAUACACCUUAAACAUAAACAUUGACACUACCACCAAGAAGAAAAAAGAAGGUAAACUCCUCCACCAUAGCCAACGUACCAGUAAAAAUACAAUCAGUCUCCUUCUCUGUUCUCUCACAAACAUACAAAUACAAUCAGUCUCCUUCUCUGUUCUCUCACAAACAUACAUACUACAACAAAAGAAAAUAGAAGAAGGAAGGAUGGAUUUGGUCAAUUGGGUUCGUGAUCUCUACUUUGAGCUGGAGGGCUUUUAUAUCUUCAAACCAAAGGGUGCCAACGUGUUGUUCGUAGGCAAUGAUGAGAGCUGCAAAAUGGCGGUGAUUUCGAGCCUCUCAGACGAGAAUGUUGAGCCAGCGCUGUAUUUGACAUCAUGGGUGUCUUGUAUUGGGAAAAUCAUAUUCAACUUUUUUGAUUUAGGAAGACCUCGGAUAGCUCAUGCAGUUUGGAGAGACUAUGGUGCCAAGAUGGAUGCAGUUGUCUACAUUGUGGAUGCUACCAGGGCCAAUGAGCAAUUUUUGGGGCCAAGAAGAGACCUGAAUGAUCUACUCUCUGAUGAGGCCUUUGCCAAUCUUCCAUUCCUUAUUUUGUGCACAACUCAAUCUUUUGAUUACCCAGAAGAGGAAUUGUGUUCCCUUCUCAACCUGACCAAUGUCACCACAGGGAAGGGUUUGUUAGAGCUGGCAAUAGCAAAUGCCCAUCCCCUUGAGGUUUUUGUGGCUGAAAAAUACAACACAAAGGAGUAUCUACGUGGCUUCAAGUGGCUUUCUCACUACAUAAAGUAGUGGUAAACUAAGAAGAGGCAGAACAAAAAUCUUAUGUACAACACAAAGGAGUAUCUACGUGGCUUCAAGUGGCUUUCUCACUACAUAAAGUAGUCGUAAACUAAGAAGAGGCAGAACAAAAAUCUUAUGUUUCACUUCCACUUUAUACUCUAUCAAUCAUAACUUGUUAUCUAUUUAUGUAUGUUAUAUAUUUAUGUAUGUUACUUAUAGUAUAACCAAAGUUAAAAAAAAAAAAA